CUGUUUUUUUUAAGGAUGGAAGAAGAAGGAUUGUUCUUCAACAGUUGUGGAAACUGGAUAAAAAACUAUUUACAACAGCAACAAAUACAGUUGGACACUUUUUUGAAAUCGGAAGCUAUUCUUUCUAGUGAGAAACCUAUAGUUGUGGUAACUUCUGGUGGAACUAUAGCACCUCUAGAAAAGCGUCUAGUGAGGUACAUCGAUAACUUUAGUACGGGCAAUAGAGGUGCAGGAGCAGCAGAAAGUUUUUUAGAACAUCACUGUCACGUUAUAUUUUUAUAUCGAGAGGGCUCUUGUUGUCCUUAUGGUCGAUUCUUUCCUAAACACUGUUUGGAAAUACUGCAUACAUAUUCUCUAGAUGGAGAUCACUUGAGUGAUAAUGGCAAGUUGAUUGUUCCUUUUCAGAAACUAGCAAAGGCAACAGAGCAAUCACGCAUCCUUCUUCUUACCUUUCAAACAGUGACAGAAUAUUUAUAUGCUUUGAGACAGAUAGCUUUGUCUUUGAAUCCUUUUGGAAAGAGAGUCAUCAUCUUUUUGGCAGCUGCAGUAUCGGACUUUUAUAUUCCUGAGUCCGAGUUACCAGAGCAUAAGAUAUCUAGUACUAUCUCACAAAGUCAUGAGGAAGAUGAGCAAAGCUCACAAUCAUCCUUCUUGUUGAGACUUUAUCAUGUUCCAAAAUGUUUAGGAUGGCUCAAGUCGAAAUGGGCACCUCAAGCUUAUGUCGUUGCAUUUAAAUUGGAGACGGAUGCUAAUGUGUUGUUGGAAAAAGCAAAGCACACUAUUGAUAAAUAUGGAGUGGAUGUCGUUGUAGCAAAUGAGUUGACAAGUCGUUAUGAACAUGUUCAACUGGUAAAUCAACAACAACAAGUCAUCGAUCGAUAUUCAAAUGACAAAACGAUAGAACAAGUUAUCGUACAAAAUAUUUUAGAUAUGCAUCAACGAAAGGGUUGAUUGGACACUUUCCAUUGUCUAUCUAAUUCCUCAAUGGCCUUUGCGAUAUCCGGUUUGGAUCGAUGCGUUGCUUUCAUUGUCCAUUCUAAAUCAUCUCCUGAUUGUACUCUUUUCAUUUUAUAAUGAAUACCUCGUUGGUUACCAUAAAUAUAAUUUUGGCAACUAUCAAAACCUCUGUCGUUAACCCAAAGAUGAUGAGAUGUAAGUAUCAAAUCGUCUUUCACAUGGAUGAUGUCUUUCGUUUCCGGAGAGUAAACAGAACAUCCACCACCUUUCAUAAAGCCAAUAAAAUGGGGUCCUUCACCUAUUAGUUCAUGAACACUCGCCAUAUAUUUCCAAUACACU